AUGUUAUUAAACAAUUCAAUAUGCUAUUUUUUAGCUUCUAUUAUGCUUCAUGCUUCAGAAAGCAAUUGCGAAAAAUAUUCUCAUAACGGCUUCUGUUAUGUGAAGGAUAAAGGAAGUGCGGAUGAUGAGCGUAUAUUUUGGCGAUGUGAUGAGAAAGGUAAUGGCUCUAAGGUUUAUUCGGCUUGUCACGCAGCAUAGCUAUUCAUCAACUGGUAGACAAUUGUGUUUUCUCAAUUCUGGUCGUUUUAAUAUUUCGUU